AUGCUCUUGCGCAUCGACAAGCUCCUCCCGGCCUUGGUGCUGGCUGUGGGCGCGGCGCGGGCAACACCGCGCGCCGAGGCCGAAGCAGAAGCAGCGGCGCACGCAAUAGCCGAGGAAGCCGGCCGGAGCAACGACGCCAUGGCCAUGCCGCAGUUCUGGGCCAACAGCAGCAGCGGCAGCAGCAGUAGCGGCGGCAGGAACAGCAGCAUCGGCAGCUACAACGAGACAAGCGUGGCGCCCAUCAUGGUGCCCAUCAACUACACCAUCACCGUCUUCAACUCGGACUGCCCGUGCCGGCGGACGCACCUGCGGUACUGCACGUGGUUCCGGCGGCAGCGGGUGCGCGACGGGCGGUGCUACCCGAUCUCGCACUACGCGCAGUCGACGCGGGUGCUGGACCCGCUGGUGUCGGAGCGCAACCGGCUCGCGUGCCGCAUCUACACGGGGCUCCACUGCGACGGCCUCGGCUUCGAGCUGACGUUUGUCGACAGCACGCGCUGCAGGGAGCCCGCCCACUUUGCCAGCAAGCAGAACAUUGGCUACCGCUCCUUUGUGUGCUACCACGUCGGGGCCUGA